UUGACGUCCUCCUCAAAUGCCCAUAAGUAUAAAUUAGACUUCGACAAAGAAACAGUUCCUUUCAAUUUUUCCAGUGUACCUUUCAGUUUUUUAUUUAACCGGCACGUGGAAGAACUUGGUGACAAAAUAUUAUUAAACAAUAAAUUGACUUGCCAAUAAAUUAUUAACAUAUUCAUUAAUUCUUGUAUACUCAUAAAUAUACCCACAGUAAUAAUGUAAUUCUGUGUAACAAUCAAUAAACAAACAGACGUCACAUGGACAAAGGAUAUUAAAACCAGUUUGCGAAAAAUUUAUUUCUUAAUUCUUCGUAUUGAAGAAUACAAGUACCAUCAGUGCAAUAUAAACUCAAAUAUUGAAAUAAUUUUUGCUAACGAUGAAGGAGAAAAUCGUUGGAAUUUCACAAAAGACAUUCGUUGGCAAUGAAAAUAUACCUGCCAAAAAAUUGCCUCAAUAUGUAGCCGGUUUGUCAUCAACACUUGGAGGUUUAGCAGUUGGAAUGGUAUUAAGCUGGACGGCUUCUACUGGUAUCGGUGGAAGAGCUCUACAAAAUGUAUAUGGAAUAGAAAUUUCUGAAAUUGAAUUUUCAUGGAUUAGUUCACUGUCUACACUUGGAGGUGCAUUUGCAUGUAUUCCUAUUGGAAUUCUUACUAACUUCAUAGGAAGGAAACUUUCGUUGCUUUUGACAAUAAUACCCUUUACUGCCGGUUGGUUACUCAUCAUUUUCGCCAACUCCGUUCUUAUGUUUUAUUUUGGUAGAUUCAUUGCUGGCAUUAGUGUUGGAGCAUUUUGCGUAGUUGCGCCUAUGUACACGGCAGAAAUAGCAGAAGCUAAGAUUCGUGGAAGUCUAGGAUCUUAUUUUGUAUUACUUCUAAAUAUUGGCAUUUUAUUGUCCUAUGUUCUGGGAAGUGUUGUGGACAUACGCGUAUUAUCUAUUCUAUCCGCUAUUGCACCGUUCAUAUUUUUUGGAGUAUUCGUGUUUAUGCCAGAAUCACCUAUUUAUUAUGUACAAAAAGGCGACGAAGACUCUGCAAGGAAAAGUUUAAUAAAAUUACGUGGCAGCCAGUAUAAUGUUGAGAAUGAAUUACAAGAGCAACGAGAGACACUUGAACAACAUGCUAAAAUGGCAGCGACUUUUUUCGUCGUUCUCAAAUCUAGAGCUACCGUAAGAGCUUUUAUAAUUUCUUGGGGCCUCAUGUUUUUUCAACAGCUAAGUGGUAUGAACGCUAUUGUCUUUUAUAUCACCAUUAUUUUUGAACAAACUGGUAGUGCUCUAAGUCCUAGUACAUCUACCAUUAUUGUAGGUGUAACACAAAUAGUAUCUGUACUUAUAAGCUCACUAACUGUAGAUCACUUAGGUAGGAAGAUGUUGUUAAUAGGAUCUGCAAUAUUCAUGUGCCUAUCAACUUUUGCUCUCGGUUUAUAUUUCUUUCUCUCACAUGAUGGCCAUGAUGUUAGCGCAAUUGAAUGGUUACCUUUAUUAUCUGUAUGUGUCUUUAUUGUUGCAUUCAGCCUCGGUUUCGGACCUGUUCCAUGGAUGAUGCUUGGUGAAAUUUUUGCACCAGUAGUAAAAGGUGUGGCUGUAAGCAGUGCCGCCCUUCUGAACUGGUUGUUAGCUUUCUUUGUAACUAAAUUUUAUAAUGAUUUAGUAAUAGCUAUUGGUAUUGGUCCUACAUUUUGGUUGUUUUCUUUAAUGAGUGCUAUAGGAAUUUUCUUCGUAAUUAUCCUAGUUCCUGAAACAAAAGGAAUGUCCUUAGUAAAUAUUCAAAGGGAUCUGGCAAAUUCAUGAUUUUGUUACUUUAAACUUUGCGUAUGAUACGGGUUUAAUAACGUUUUAAGUUAAGUAAAUGUACAUA